CGCUGGGAAAGCAGUAGCUGAUUAUCUUAGGGUUACAGGUUGCCCCCUUCAGUGCUGCGGGGAGACCUUCAUGGCUUAUGUGAACCAGAGAUGGGAAAGAGCAGGGACAAGGCCUCCUCCCUCCCACUCUGGUAGGUAAAUUUAAAUAGCAAAGUGGCCCUGGCUGUGGUUCUUCCACUUUGGUCUCCCUGCAAUAGCAUAUCCCUUAUGGGGCUGUAGGAAGUCAGCUCUGGGCGCCUGAGACUGGGUUCUGCUCCCAGGUCCUUAGUUGUGGACCUAGGCUCCCCUUGUGACCCCUCCUGUUUGCUGGUGCUCUCCCACCAUGAUGCGGUAGUGCCAAGGGGUUGGGGGAGAGAGUUGGAAAUGGGACCAAAUCUGGCCUGUGCCUUUUCCCUCUCCUGAUCACACUCCCAAGGACCAAGUGACCUGGUGGGGAUGGAAGAGGAAAGGGCCUGUAGGCCAGGCAAGUUGGGGAAUAGGACCUGUGGGCCCAUUAUCACUGCUCAAUUUAGCCCAGCUCAUUGUCACACACUGAGCUGUGCCUCUGCUUCCCUGCCUUUGAUUUGUGUCCACCUUCAUCCCCUUCGCAGACUCCUCCAAAAGUGCAUUUCCUUAGAGACUGCAAUGUUAACUCCAGCAAGAGUGCGUGGGAGCAUCCUGACUCCCGGGCUCGUGGUGGUGACUUGGCUGUCAGACCGCGGUGUUCAAUAUCCCCUUUGGUGUUCCCCACUCAUGGUAAAAUUGAAACUUACCCUGGAGCUCGAUGUUGGGAAGGGUUAGGUUGGAGAGGGGCCGGAAUCAGUUCCUGCAGAGGGACCCAAACUCCAAGACUAGGAGGACAGAAGCGUCCAGAGGGGACACAAUACCCUCGACGUGAGGGACAGGAGGUACCGCGCCAGGCCCUGGCCUCCGGGACCUUCCAGUCCGGGGGACCGAGCGCUAGGAUCUGCUCAGAGCUUGGGGCCCCACCUGGGGAAGGUGGGGAAGGAGGGAAGCCGGGGAAGCUGUGAAAGGAGACGGACGAACGACCAAUGGGCUGGGUCCGGCCCGCGCGACCCGCCAAUGGGCGGGCGGGGCGGGCUCUCGACGGGGCGGGCGGGGUCCGGCGGGCGCUGGGUCAGGGCGCGCGGUCAGGGCCGCUGGGUGCAGGCGUCACGAUGACCGCUCUGAGCCGGAGCGAGGCCGCCGAGGCGGGCAGCAACCAACAAAUGCACGGAAAGACAGCUUCUCUGAACAGUGCUGUGCCCUGCAAAGAGAAACCAGACAGAGUUGAGGAGCCCCCGGACUACAGUCCGCACUGGCCAGAAGGCUUGAAGGGUGAAGAGAUAAAGAAGUGUGGCCGAGAAGGGAUAACACUGAAUAAAUACAACCAGCAAUACCACAAGCUGUUUAAGGAUGUUCCCUUGGAGGAAGUGGUUCUCAAAGUGUGCUCCUGUGCCCUCCAGAGGGACCUCCUUCUCCAGGGCCGGCUCUACAUCUCCCCCAACUGGCUCUGCUUCCAUGCCAGCCUCUUUGGCAGGGAUAUCAAGGUGGUCAUUCCUGUGGUGUCUGUGCAAAUGAUCAAAAAACACAAGAUGGCACGGCUCCUUCCCAAUGGACUGGCCAUCACCACCAACACCAGCCAGAAGUAUAUCUUUGUGUCACUGCUCUCCCGGGACAGUGUAUAUGACCUGCUGAGGAGAGUCUGCACCCACCUACAGCCUUCCAGCAAGAAGAGUCUGAGUGUAAGAGAAUUUCCAGGGAAACCUGAGUCUCUGGAAGUCCUCAUCCCUGAGAUGAAGUGGAGAAAGGUAUGCCCUUCCUCCAGGUCCCUGUCUCUACCAGACAACAUCCCUUGUAUCCCUCCAGCAUCCGUGGACUCCACAGACAGUUUCUUCCCCUCCAGGAAGCCUUCAAGGUCUGAAAAAUCAAGAACCCAAGUAGCUUCAGAAAACGGUGGGAAGUGGGCAUGGCCCAUGCCGGGCUGGGGUCCUGCCUGCCCUAAGAAGAUGCCAAACUGCUCUCCCACUGCAAAGAAUGCUGUCUAUGAGGAGGAUGAGCUGGAGGAGGAGCCCAGGAGCACUGGGGAGCUGACGCUGUGGGAUUACCGGCUCCUCAAGGUCUUCUUUGUGCUGAUCUGCUUCCUGGUCAUGUCCUCAUCCUAUCUGGCGUUCCGUAUUUCUCGGCUAGAGCAGCAGUUAUGCACCUUGAGUUGGAAUGGCCCAGUCCCUGGGCACAGGUAACAGCCACUUGGCCUUUGUCCCCAUUCCUUCUUCAAGAAGAAUGUUCUGGGUGCUAAGUCUCCACCAAUGUGGUUUACAGUGCUGCUGCGCUAAGACUGCCUAUGAAGGAAAACCUUCCAGAUCCCUCCUCCUCCCCGCAGCUCUUCUCCUCCCUCUAUGAGAGACCUGAAGUACCUAUUUACAAAGUAACUGGCUUCUACGAUUUUUGGACUCAAACAAAAAGCCAGAGUUUUUGGAACCAACUGAGGAAUUCUGUACACAAAGCUUCAGCAACCACUUAAAUGAGAAAAAAAAAAAACACAACAAACUGGGUCCUUGGAAACAGUUCUGGCACACAGGCAGCACACUGGAGGCCACCUCAAGGGACAGAGGCCAUGCUUUCAUAUUUGGAAUGUGGCUCUGCCACACAGCUCACCCCCAUGGUGAGGUCAGAGGUCAGAACACAAAUCACCCAUGUGGGCUCUGCUCUCUCCCAACACUCUGUGUUCCCACAGGGCUUCUCUGCGGGCAGCCAGGCACCUGUCAGGCUUGGGCAGGGGCCUGCUGAGAAGCCGUGAAUGCAGAGGGGAGGGCUCAUGGCCAGGAUUCCAGCCAGAGAUGAAUUUCCAUGCUCUGGGCCGGGGCUCUGUGUCGGCUCCUCAUGAGGUGGCUGGCUGCAUUACGGGGAGAUGUUGCCUAUGGCGGGGAUGGUGGCAGGGGCUGUGAAGAACAGAGGUACCCAAAUGCUGUGUCCUCAGCUGUCACUUUCUGGUGAGACAGGUGGAGCAGGGCCUUUGAUCACUGUGGUCACAAACCUGGUACUGGGUUUUGCCCUUGUGUGUUCAAACAUGUCUAAGGUGUCCCAAGCCCUGGAAAUAGGGAAGAGGAGGGUGGAGGCUUGCAUCUGAGGUCUUGCUGUCUACUCCCUGCCUGCCUGCCCAGAUCUCAGGCAUGGCCAACAGCAGCCCGUUUGGGGGGCUUGUCUGGGCAGCUGCGUGUGAUGGUGUUGAGCCAUCACAGGGCAGAGGUCACUGUGUCACCCCUGUAGUCACUGGGUUGCAGGCCAUGGAGGAGGGACCUCCAGUCCAUGGGGCCUAUUCUCCAUUAAGGUGGAAGUAUCCACUGUGGGCCUGGAGCAGUGCAGGAACCAGGCCAGGGGGUCUAUCUCAUACCUCUGGGGACAGGAAAGGUAGAGGAUGAGGAGCUUGGACAUAGUGGCGGUUUUGCCUUGGAUAUUCCUCUUCCUCUAUCAAGGCCUUCUCCUCUGUGCCCCACAACUCUGGCCUCAUCACCCUGGGACUCCCAUCUGCUAAGAUAGUGGCUUUGGAGGUUCUGGAAGGGCCUUAGUGAGGAGGCCAGAAGUAUCAGGGAAAGUUGCUGAAGAUGGGGUGGGCAGUGUCAGAAACAGCCACUGUUUCCCCUUCUUCAGACACUGAAAGAUUAAUCAGGGAAUGAAAUCCAGGUGGAAAUUAUUUAUUGUGGAGCAGACGACUGUUUGUCCUGUUUAUGACAAACCCAAAUGAGGACCGGAGGGACUACCAGUAAGUGGUCUCUUCAUGCUCUCCCCAUCCCAGUUUUUAGGAUAAAACAGCCUGGCCUUUUGUGUUGCUUGCACCAAAUCUGUAUGUCUCAGGUGAAACUCACUCUUCCAUGAAUGGCCAUCCUUUUUUUUUUUUUUUGGAAACAGCCCCUUUCACCCUUUCAUUAGUCUUUUUUAGGAAAAUAACCCUUCUUGCUUCAGCACUUCUCCCUGGUCCUUGCUGAAAGACAGAUAAAAAUCCAUUCUCUGAGCCUUGCUAGGUUGUUAGAGGCCAUGAGAGGUGCCAGUUAUAGGUGGAUGUGCCAAGAUGCUGGUGAACUUGGUCUUCAGGUAUACUCAGGCUCAGAAAGGGCAAGAGCCAUGCUGCAGGGCAGGUGACUUUGGAGGUGCACUUGGGGCCCAGGGCUUUGAGUGGUGUGGGUGUGCAUGUCCUUCCAGAUGGUGCUGUGUUUCUCCCUGUUGUCCCCCUACCUGGUCCUCUGGGGCCACCGUGCCUUCUGCUGUGUGCAUUUAUAAACGAUGUGUAUUUUAUAUAGACCUGCUUGCGAUGGCUAAUGCUCCUCUAAUUCCCUGAACUUGGUUCAACCACCCUUGGGUUGUUUUGCUAUGGCCUUUGCCUUUGAAAAUAUUUUAAAAUAAAAAACUUGAUUUUUCUAGUGUA